CCCGCGGAAACGACGUUGUUGGUUCCCCACCAUUGUUUGUCCUCGUCGGACACCACCCAUUUUGCACCACACGUCUGUCGAAGCGCCCACGACAAAAAAAAAUGAAUCUUUUGCUCCGUGAUAGUGAUCAAUGCACCACCCAGAUUUUUUUAAAGCUUUUUACACGCGUGCACAUCUGCGAGUCCUCUGCGAUUCUUUCACUGGGUAAUGCGGUAUCCAGUUUUCUUCCUAGUUCAUACCGAUUGGCGUAGCUUCCAAGACUCCCUUGUCUUGGUUCCGUUUGUCAAUCUUGUUCCGGGAUUUCUAGAUUUUUCGCAGAAUCCCGUGAUUCUUUGGAAAUAAAGUUACUAUAUAAGGAGAGAUCUAAGGUGAGAUUGGUGUUUUCGGGUGGUGGUGGUGGUGGUACUUAGCAAAAAAGUGAGGCGUGUGGGGGUGACAUUUGCGAGCUGGUUAUUAUGGAGCUGAAACUGUUGGACGCAAAGUCUCUGUUUGCAUCACAGGCUAGCCACAUGGGAAAAAGAUUGUGCUCACGCUCAUUCUCAAACUUGCAGGCCUCUUGUUGCGGAGGUGCUUUAGUUAAGGCUUCUUAUUCAAGGUCAUCAAGGGAUACACAUCUGUCGGUCAGAGCUGUAGGUUCAGUUGCUCAGGAUAAACUUUCUACGGAAACUUAUUCAAUUCACAUAAACGGACUAAAGCCUGCAAAUUCUAGUCCGUAUUCCUGUGAGUUGAGAGUACUUGAUGCCUAUGAUGAUGAGUAUGGGGGAGCUCUUGUUGAUCCAGAAAAAUUACCAGCCGAAGCAAAUCUAUUUGCCUCAAUGCUUCGUUUAUCCCUUAGUCGAUGGAAAAUAGAGGGAAAGAAGGGAAUUUGGCUUAAGUUACCAUCAGAGUUGUCUGAGUUUGUUCCGAUAGCUGUUAAGGAAGGUUUUCAAUACCAUCAUGCUGAAAGAGGGUAUGUCAUGCUGACAUACUGGAUUCCCGAUGAACCUUGCAUGCUUCCUGCUAAUGCUUCUCAUCAAGUAGGAGUUGGAGGUUUCGUUGUCAAUGACAAAAAUGAGGUUCUCGUAGUGCAAGAGAAGUACUGUCCUCCAACAUGCCUUGGCCUCUGGAAGUUACCGACUGGAUUUAUUCUUGAGUCGGAGGAGAUUUUUGCUGGUGCUGUCAGAGAAGUCAAGGAGGAAACAGGGAUUGAUACAGAGUUUAUGGAAGUGAUAGCAUUCAGGCAUGUUCACAAUGUGGCCUUUCAAAAGUCAGACUUGUUCUUUAUCUGCAUGCUAAAACCCCUAUCGACCCAGAUCGUUGUUGAUAAUUUUGAGAUUGAAGCAGCCAAGUGGAUGCCGCUGGAAGAGUUCCUUGAGCAGCCACUCAUCCAAGGCGAUUCAAUGUUCAAGAAAAUUAUUGACAUCUGCAUUGCUCGGCUUGGGCAAAGUUACUGCGGUUUAUCGGCUUAUCAAGUAAUUUCCAAGUUCGACGGCAAGCAAUCCUCCCUGUACUAUAACGUCGUCGAUUCUCGAGAUUCAAACUGCCAGGCAAGCUGAAGCUCUGUGGGUUUUCGAAUAUGAGCUUAGUCCAUUCAUUGCCAUCUCCAGCAGUCAUAGUACUGAAUGUUGCAGCAACGGGCAAGAUGAACAUGUAAUUACAGAGGUCUUCCUUGAUGUACGUAGUUAUCCUAAAGCAGAGAACGUGACAGGCAUUGUAUAUACAAGGUGUUCGGUGUAUAUUCCACUUAGUUGUACUUGAGCGAACACGCUGAAAGAUGAAUGAAGGUGAUUUCUCUAUCAA